AUGCAGAUUUGCCAAGAUCCGAAACCUAUCAUGCGAGACACCUAUAACAUGUUUAAAGGUGGGGGUGAUCCAGAAAAGUUCAUAAGGUUAGAAUCUAGAAAAACAUCUCAUUUUUGUGCGUCUCCCGAUAUAUUCUCAUGUGGUGGUGUUGGUUGUGGAGAUGGUGGUGGAAGUGGAGGUUUUGGAGGAGGUGGUGGUGGUGGCGGUGGCGUGGCAGUGGCGGUGGCGGUGGCGGUGGAGGUGGUGAAUGUGGUGGUGCAAGUGGUGGAGUUGGAUGUGGAAGUAGAGAUUUUGACCGAGAAAAUUCUGAUAUCGGAGACAGGGUCGAGUUCCAGAGCCGUAGAAUUGGACCAUAUUCAGGAGGAGAUUGAGGAGGUGUCUGCCGUUCCGGAAGUGAAGGAGGAGAAGAAGAGCAGAAAUCCUUUGAGGAAGGGGUCGGAAGGUGAAGAGGUGCGAGCUAUGCAGGAAGCAUCGCAAAAACUUGAUUUUACUUGGGUGAGGAAGACAUGGAGUUUUCCAGCUUCUCAAGUGGGACCAAACGUGCUGUCAAGACUUGGCAACUUUAGCGAACCACUACAUAGGCUGAAACAUAGUAAUUCUUCUAAUGGUUGCGUGGGUUAUGUUGUUUGGGAAGAUACAAAUGGAGCUGCAGUUACUUCUGGAACAGAAAUUUCAGAGGUCCAGCAAACACUUGUGAAAGAAGGUGUUACAAAAGUAGAGGUAUCUAAGCAUCGUGUUUUUCUCCUUGGAGAGAACCGCUGGAAAGAUUCGUCUGGACUUAGCAGGAACCAAAAAAACGUAGGUGAAAGCAAGACAGUGAAUACCACAACAAGGUGUGUUACUUGUCGAGGGGAGGGUCGCUUAUUGUGCGCAGAAUGUGAUGGAACAGGCGAGCCAAACAUUGAAGAACAGCAGUUCUUGGAUUGGGUGGAAGAGGGAGCAAAAUGUCCAUAUUGUGAAGGUCAUGGGUUUACAAUUUGCGAAGUAUGUGAAGGGGCAACAGUAGCUUAA